CGUCAUAAGACUGCGCCACUCUCUUGCAUCUGCAGCUGAAGAAAGGUUUGCGUUUUUAAGCAAUUUAAUUUUUUUAAUUACUGCAAAAAAGAAGAAAGUGUCCCAACACACAGAAAAACUAUUGGUCUAAUCAUCUGAGAUCGACUUGACACAUUGUUAUAAAGAUGGAGUUUAUGAAAGAGGAGAGUGAAGACAUGAAGAUUGAAGAAACAUUCAGAGUCAAACAUGAAGAUACUGAGGAACAAACAAAGAUGGAGUUUAUUAAAGAGGAGAUUGAAGAUGUGAAGAUAGAAGAAAUAUUCCAAAUCAAACAUGAAGAUACUGAGGAGCAAACAAAGAUGGAGUUUAUUAAAGAGGAGAGUGAAGAAACAUUCAGAGUCAAACAUGAAGAUACUGAGGAGCAAACAAAGAUGGAGUUCAUUAAAGAGGAGAGUGAAGACAUGAAGAUUGAAGAAACAUUCAGAGUCAAACAUAAAGAUACUGAGGAACAAACAGACCUGAUGGCACUGAAGGAAGAGAGGCAAGAACUUACAGAGAUAGAAGAGAAAAAUGAAUAUACGCAAUGUGAUUUAAUGACUGUGGGAAAAUCCAUACACACUAAAACAACUUCAUCACGAAAAAAAGUUCAGAGGACCAAAUCAAACGUUUCCUUCACCUGCCAUCAAUGUGGAAAGUGUUUCGGUAGAAGAUAUAACUUUGAAAACCACAUGAAAAUUCACACUGGAGAAAAGCCUUUCACAUGCCAACAGUGUGGAAAGAGUUUUAGAGAGAAAGGUGGCCUUAAUUCCCACAUGAAGCGUCACAUUGGAGGGAAGCUAUUCACAUGUGAUCAUUGUGGAUUGGGCUUCAGAAAAAAAGUAACCCUUAAUUUUCACACAAAGAGCGAACACUCAGGAGAGGAUGGCUUUAAAUGUCAUUGGUGUGGAGAGAACUUCAGUUGUAAAGUAAGCCUCAAAACUCAUACGGGACUUCACACUGGAGAGAAGCCUUUUAACUGCACACUGUGUGGAAAGACCUUCUCAUACAAAGGACAUCUUACGGGUCACAUGAUUGUUCACACUGGAGAGAAGUUGUUUCCAUGUGAUCAGUGUGGAAAGUGUUUAAAACAUAAAUCAAGCCUUGAUUUUCACAUGAAAAGACACGCUGGAGAGAAACCCUUUAACUGCAAACUCUGUGAGAAGAGCUUCUCACAAAAAGGACAUCUUACGGGUCACAUGAAAACUCACACAGGAGAGAAGCCUUUUGUGUGCGCUCAGUGUGGAGAAUGUUUUACACAUGAAAUGGCCCUUGCUAAUCACACGAGGCUUCACUCAGAAGAGAAGUCUUUUAAUGGUGAUCAGUGUGGAGAGGGAUUCCCAGACAAGAGACACCGAAACUCGGAUGAAAAAUGCAUUCGUUCAGUUCAUUCUCGAGAGUCAUCUUUCACAUGCCAUGACUGUGGAAAGAGUUUCAGAUUUAAAGCAAACCUCAAGGUUCACAUGAGAAUCCACUCUGGAGAGAAACCCUUCGCCUGCACUAACUGUGGAAAGAGUUUCAGUCAGAACAUAAGCCUUAAGAAUCACAGGAGGAUUCACACUGGAGAGAAACCUUUUACCUGCAACGUGUGUGGGAAUACCUUCGCAUAUAAAUCACAAUAUAAUUGCCACAUGAGAACUCAUACUGGAGAGAAGCCUUUUACCUGCAAAGUGUGUGGGAAGAGCCUCUCACGCAAAGCAGCUCUUAAGGAUCACAUGGACAUUUUACACUGGAGAGAAGCCGUUCCCAUGUGAUCAGUGUGGAAAGUGUUUCAGACGUAAAGCAGCCCUUAACUCACACAUGAAAUGUCACACUGGAGAGGGUCCGAAUACCUGCAAACGGUGAGAAGAGCUUCACAAGUAAAUCAACCCUUAAUGCCCACAUUAGAAAUCACACAGGAGAGAAGCCCUUUAACUGCAAACUGUGUGAGAAGAGCUUCACACAAAAGGGAAAUCUUAAGAUUCACAUGAGGCUUCAUGCUGAAGAGAAACAUUUACCUGUCUUCAGUGAGAACCUUUACAUAUCAACAAGACCUGAAACGACAUUUGCAAACACAUUCUGGAAAGAAACAUAAGUCCUCUGACCAUCUACUUCGUUAUAGUCUAGUUGUUCUCAAAAUUUUGGUUCGUUUCCAGACACAACUUUGUGAAUAUGAAAUUCAUUUUUGAAACUUUACUGGAUUUUACAUUCACCACUGUCAAAAUUAAAUGUCAUCAUUAUAAGUGUCAUUAUUAUUAGCUCAGUUGAUGUUAAUGGUAAAGUUAAUUUGUUAUUGAACUCAAUUCAUAAGAUUAAAGCUGCAAGCAGCAUUUAUUGGGGUUCAAGCAGUUUAGGCCUUUGGGGUGGUCUCGGCUAACCUGGAUGUAUGGCUGACAGUUAAACACAACCUUUAUAACUAUUAUGUUAUUUUUUUGCCCAAUUCCAUUUUAAAUUUUGCAUGCUUGUUUAGAAUGAAAUUAUGCAUUAUUUUACACAUUCUUAGGCCUUUAUGGGCUUUCUUUUUGUAUUAAUAGGCCUUUUUUUACACUAUGUAAAGAACAUAUUAUAAAAUGAUUAUAGCUGUCCAAAUGCAAAUGUUCAACAUUUUUUUUAUAAUUAUUGACCUAGUCAGUCUAGAGAAUUGUACUGCAGUGGUUUUAUUGAUCUUCAGCCAAAAUUCAUGGACUAGUUUACAAAAGUAUUUUUUUUUUAAUCUUGAAUAUUUAAUUAAAACUUUUAUUGACAACAUUGUUCCAAGGAGCAAAGUGUUUCAGAAUGAGGAGAUCUAUCAUAUUAUAUGGAGAUCUAAAGUUUGUGUGAAUAUAUGAAAAUUUUCAACCUAUUUGAGGCCACUUACCAUAUAAAUCUUGUGUUUUUGUGGCAUUUUUAACUGUUACCCGCGCCAUCUGUGGUCCGAUCUCUAUGAUACUUUGCAAAAUUGUUAAGAGUCCUCUCAGAAAUGUUUUCACCAGUUUUCCUAAAGUGUUGAGCUUUUGUUUAGGUUUUAUAAGCUUUUGGGUAUUGUAGCCACACCUCUUUAAAAAUGAACCUGUUAUAGCUAACCAAAGGACUUUUUUUUGAUAAUUGUUGAUCUAGAGAGUCCAUAGAAUAUUACUGCAGUGGUUUAAUUGAGAUUAAGCAAAAAACCUAGGACAAGUUUGCAAAAAUAGGUUUUAAAUACAUUUGUGAAUAUUUAAUUAACAAUGUGAUUGACAGCGUUAGUUCCCGAGGCAAAGUUGUUCAGAAUGAGGAGAUCUAGCAUAUGAUAUGAAGAUCUAGUGUUUGUGUGAAUAUAUGAAUAUGUUCGAUAAUUUCAGGUAAUUUUCUUUAUUUUCUGUUAUUUUUAUGACCAUUUUCCAACAGUUUUAUACAAAUCAUAUGUAUGAAUGUAAAAAGAACACAAAACCAAAGCAAAAAUCCUGCACACACUUGAAGUAUUAAGUAAAAAUAUAUCAAAUCAGGCAAUAGGAGGGUCGUCCAAAUAUACUUGUUAUAAUAAUGAAUAAAAAGUUGCCAA